AUGGCUAGCCUGUUGGUGGGUAAACCUAGGGAAGAAUGGUCAGAGGUGCACCGCUCCAUUGGUUUUGGCCGCUGUAAAGAGAACCAGCAAGUUGAGAACACUAUGAAGAUACUAUCGUUUAGCUACUAUGAUCUACCACCUCAUCUAAAAACAUGUUUAUUGCAUCUAAGUGUGUUUCCAGAAGAUUAUGUCAUUGAGAAAGGUCCUCUCAUAUGGAUGUGGGUAGCUGAAGGUUUCGUUCACGAGAAACAAGGAAUAUCCUCAUUAUUUGAGAUUGGGGAGGGAUACUUCAACGAGCUUGUAAAUAGAAGUAUGAUCCAACUGGUAGAGGCUGUGAAUGAGGAGGCCAUGGAAUGUGCAUGUCAGGUUCAUGAUAUGGUACUGGACCUCAUCCAUUCCAUUUCGUUAGAAGAGAACUUUGUUGCUAUAUUAGACAAGAACAAAGAAUUUGAGGCAUCAUCAUCAUGGCAAGGCAGAUCUCCUCGCAGAUUGGCCCUCCAAAAUAAUGAUAGAAUCAUGGAGGCCCGUACGGACAUGCAAAAACUGUGGUCAUUCCUUUCAUUUGGGUGUGAUAUUGGCAAGCAUUGGGUCCCACUUUCAAGCUUCAAGUAUGUAUGUGUGCUAGACAUACAUACUUCCAGGGGGAGGGGGGAGAUGAAACGUCACCAUCUGGAGCAUCUCCGGAAUUUGCUUCACUUGAGGUACCUCCGGCUAAUUGGUCCUGGUAUUCAUGAUGAGAUCCCAGAAGAAGUAGGAACUCUAAAGUUUUUGCAGACCCUCGAUGUGGAAACAAGGAAUGUGUGGAAAACGCUACCAAGUGUGGGCCUUCUAACACAAUUGUUGUGCUUGCGAUUAAAACCCAUGGUUCAGACAGUGCCAGAUGGGAUUGGUACGCUGAUGUCCCUGGAGGAGCUACAGAUAGCUUAUGUUGAACAUGAGGAAGCAGAGCCAUCAUUAAGGCAAUUUGUCAAGGAACUGGGCAGCCUUAGGGAACUCAGGGUGCUCCGCGCUGGUGUGCCUCCUCGGUUGUCGGCGGAUGUGAGAUUACAGGUGGAUAUGGUGGAGUCCCUGCGCAACCUUGAAAAGAUGGAGGGCCUUUCACUCGGAAACAUGUUCUCUCCACCAGCACCUGCAGAUACAGCGGCGUGGGAAGCAGCCGGCUUCCUUCUCUCACGGCAACUCCGACAGUUGUUUCUAAAUUGGGUAUGCUUCUCUGUGUUCCCAUCAUUCUGUAUCAACCCCUCGCGUCUUCCCAACCUCUCCCACCUGUCCCUGUACGUGGAUGGUAUCGACGAGCAGGACCUGAGAAUCCUGGGCGGGUUGCCAGACGCCCAGACCUCUGUUUCCUCGAUCUGUGUGUGA